UGUAAUUUAUUUUUUAUUGAGGGAUUAUUUCUAGACUUGGGUUACCCUGGAUAUAAUGAGGUGUACUGGCUAGAACCUGGUUUAAACUUAGGUAAGGGUCUUAGAGUGCUUAGGACAGAUGCUGAAGUGAUGAGGAUGUGUGAGAGUGCGAUAAAAAAUGACAACGCUGUACACCUAUAUUUUGAUCACCCCAUUGAUGUGAACCCUAAAAUCAUUGAUGAAGAAGUCGUGUCUGAUGGUAGCAGUGAUAGUAUGGUUGAAGUCAAUCCAGGUGGUGAUAAUGUGAAUGAGGUUAAUGAGAAGGAGAAUGAAGGUGUGAAUGAGACCAGAGCUGAGACUAAUGAAUUGAAUAUGGCUUUGAGUGUUGUUGUGAAGGAGACUGUGAAGGAGGUUGUAAAUGAGGCCACUGGUGAUGUAAACGAGUCGAACAAAGGUGAGAGUGGUGCACGGGAAGAAGCUGCGAAUGAUGAGAAAGGAACUGAAGGAGCAUCAGCUCCACAAAUGGGUGUUAGGAAGGUUAGAAAAAGGCAUCCAAGACCAUCAUCUAGUGGUUUAUCCCGAGAAAGAAGAGCUGCCGAAAAUGAGGUUCCUGAGAGUGAUCCUCGAAAAGCUGAAGCGGUAAAUGAACCCACAUACGAGACCAAUGCUGAUGAUGUUAAUGAUUCGAAUGAAGGUUCUGAUUUUGGAGAACCAGUUGUGGGUGAGUUGAGGCCAGAGAAACCAGUUACAGAAAAUUCAACAGAUAAUGUAACACAAACAACUGGGAGAACCAACACAAGGAGAAAUCAUCUAAGGCCUCAACCGUCUGGGCAAAGAAUUGUACCUGGAAAGGAGGAUCAAGCACCAAGGGUAGAGGUGCCUAACCCGAAUAGAGAAGAUGGCAAAAGUGAACCUGAGAUGUACCAAUAUGAGUUUGAAGAACUCUGUAGCCCUCCUGCAUCUGACGAUGAAGAGGAACCUGUAUUUCCUCAACAUAAUUCCAACACGCCAUAUGGGAAAAUAACUCUGGAGUUGAAUAUGGAGUUCGAGACCAUGGACCAAUUCAAAGCAGCAGUGCAGAAGUAUAACAUACAAAUUGGGAGACAGAUAUUCUAUCUGAGGAAUGAAAAGAAGAGGUGUAGGGUGAUUUGUUAUGACCCCGACUGCCCUUGGUUGUGCUACUGUGCUAAGACCAACUACCCAGCAUCCUUUCAGAUAAAGACAUUUGUAGACGAACAUACGUGUCCCAGAAGCAACAAGAGUAAGUUAGUUAGUUGUUCUUGGGUUGCUGAGGAACUGGUGCCAAAGCUCAUAAUCCAUCCCAAUAUGCUGUAGAGGGAGGCACAGGAGUGGUUUAAAGUGGAGUAUGACAUAUCAGUUAAUGAGAGGAUGAUGUAUAGGGCUAUGGACAAGGCCAAAGAGGUUAUUGAGGGAACAGAGAAAGAUCAAUACCUAAGGCUUAGAGACUAUCUGAACAAAUCAUGAAGGCUAAUCCUAGUUCAAGAGCCAACAUCGGGACUACUCCACAGCCAGAUGGGUUGCCUAGGUUUAGGAACUUGUACAUCUGUUUUGCUGCUUGCAAGAAUGGAUUUAAAGCAGGGUGUAGACCCUUUAUAGUUUUGGAUGGGACGUUUUUGAAAGGCUACUUUGGAGGGCAAUUACUAACUGCCGUUGGUCAGGACGCGAACAAUCAACUUUUUCCAAUAGCGUAUGGGGUUGUUGAUGCAGAAACUAGGAAAAAUUGGAGAUUCUUUUUGGAGGAGUUGCACACUGACAUAGGGGGCUAUAAUAAGAAUGGCUGGGUUUUUAUGUCGGACCAACAAAAGGUGAUGUGCACUAUGACUAUUGUAUUUGAAUUCUUAUGUGUUUCUAGAAGUAACUUCUCGAAUGUCUCCUAAUUAAUUGUGGUUACCAUUCAAUGCA